UCAUCACGUUUUUCUUAUAAUCUUUCAGUUUUAAAGAUAGUUCCAAUUGGAAUAAUAAUUUUGCUCAUAUUUUUAAUUCAAACAUGUUAUUGAGCUUCAAAUGUUAAGUUCCAAGCAGAAUCCAUGUUAAGAAAAGCUCGCUUCCGUGAGCUUUUUUGGUUGUGAAAUUGAAACGAUGAUGCGGUGUAUAAAAGAAACUGUAUCUUUUGGAACAACAAUACACCUACUUGAGCGAUUUCCCGCCUGGAGAACAUGGCUCUGGUGAAGACCUACAUCAUCGACAGCAACUCCAUUCCAUGGGUCUUGUGGGUACCACCAGUAGUGGCAGCGGAUGGUAGGUUUACAAUUGGUGGGCCACAGGUGGUGGCGUUUCACUUUCUUGGGAACCGGCACGGAGACACGUUGGACAAGUGGACGAAGCUGCUGGACGAGUUGGCACAGGAGUACGCCGGUCGGAUAUUGUUCGGAUUGCGUGACAUCUCCAGCAUAGAGCAGUUUAAUGAGAACCUGAAUCCGGACGACUUUGGCAGCUACCGGAAGGGAUUGCCGCCGCGGAUCUAUGGCAAGGACUGCGAGGGCGAAGUCUACGAUAUGCACAAGCUGGUCAGCGCCAAGUACCUGCGGGAGUUUUGCGACCAGCUGCUGGGGGAUCAGCUCUUCCGCGCUGUAGUCCUGGGCGCCACUCCAUCGCUGGACACCCAGCCAAGGAAUUUCUACGAGAUGCAGGUGGAGAGCAGCCGCGAUAUGCUGGUGAUGCUCUACGAUCCCGCCUGCUACUACUGGCCCAUCCAGAAGCGAAUGCUGCGCAAGCUGGUCCGCCUGCUGGCCAGCGAGGAUCUGCCCAUUGUGAUCGUGGACAAGGCGAAUAACUACCUGGGCGUGGGCUUCUCCAGCCGGCUGGUCAACUGUCACGCCUCCAUCAUCUUCACCACGCCACGUCGCGAUGGUUGGAACAUGAAGUUGUCGGUGCGAAUGGAGAGCACACGUGGCUAUCUGAGAUACAUUGCCCGCAACAGGCAGCCGGAGCUGAAGGACUUCGAUGCCGAGGGGGAGCCCAGAGCACCGGAGCACGCCAUGGAGUACAUCCAGUAUUUGUUUUAGAUCUCCACUUUAAGUGAGUGGCAAGUCACACAGUAUAACUAUAAUUUAUAAUCUUUGUUGAGCGCAAGAUGAUCAGCAUCCGUUAAGUUACUAAUCAUUGCAAUACUAAAACUAAAAGUCACACCUAAAUAUAGACACUUAACCAGAAGGCGAUAACAAACCAAGCUCGGAAUGGCUCCAAGACCCAAGCACCAAAAAUAUGAACUACUCGGUUUAGAUAUAAGAGUGUGUAUUCAGAACUUGACUUUGUUGUUCG